CUGAAAUAUGAAUUAGACCAAAGAUUUCAAAGUAAACUAAACUCUUCUUUUUUGUUUUCUGAAACUAGACUCAUUAACCAUUUUUAUGUAACUUUGGUGUUGGAUAUUUUUGAGUAUUUUGGAAAAAUUUAAGUAAUUUAUUACUACAUAUUUUUGGUUAGUUCGGAUAUUUUUGGAUACUCGUUCUAUUUUUUUGGAUUACUUUGGAUAUUAGGUAAACCAUUAUCUAAGCUGAAUCCAUAAAAAAAACAUAAUUGAAUUUGAUCCAAAAGUUAAAACACACAUUAAUAGAGCUUACGAGCUUAUUACUACCAAAAAUUCGGAAACCUCAAUCCGAAUUUAAAUGGUCACCAUAGUAUUCUUCUGGGAAACUCAUCAAGAAUAAUCAAGCUGAAUAUAGAGUAAAUUAGUCAUAACCAAACUCGAUCCUAUUCAGCUUUUUUUUCUGGUUCGUUCUAGUUUGUGUUUUCAGGUUUGGAUAAAAUCCCUAACGUACAUAACCGACAGAACAUGUGCAUAUCCUUAAAAACACAUAUAAAAGUGACAAAUACAAUGUCAUAAACUUAUAAUAAAUAAUUACAAGAAACCCAAAAAAUCUAAAAAGCAUGAAGAAUUGUAUAGCUCUAUUAACACCAGACUGAAUUUUAGGCCGGAUACACCCAGUUUAUAUUAAAAACACAUAUAAAAGUGACAAAUACAAUGUCAUAAACUUAUAAUAAAUAAUUACAAGAAACCCAAAAAAUCUAAAAAGCAUGAAGAAUUGUAUAGCUCUAUUAACACCAGACUGAAUUUUAGGCCGGAUACACCCAGUUUAUAUCCCUAAAAAAAUAAUAUAAUAAACUUCUCAAAUAAAAGACAAAAUUAAUAACCAUGUCAUUAUUUGGUAUAUUUAGAAAAAUCGAAAUGAUAAAAAAUUUAAGAAUAAAAUAAAAAUUCUUCCAGAAAUUCUUCAAAUGGCAGAUAUUGAAGGGAUUUUAUAGUCGGAAGCGCAAAUAAAUGUCUCCACAACAGUGAAAAAAUUACCAUAUAUCAAAAGAUAAUUUAGAUUAAUGACAGGACGUAAUGCUUUAUCGACGGAUCCUAGAAAGAAGAGUCGAACUAUACAAAACAAGGAUGUGCAGAAAAGAAGAAGCAACUGAAUCUACGAUGAGAACCAUGGAUAUCCAUAAAAGUCUAUCACAUUUACAUGCAGAAUGUAACAUGUUGAUUUGGACAAUUGAAUGCAUGAAGAUUCUACUACAUAUUUCGGAAGUGGUGUUUGCAAUAGACUGAUCUCAAUUGAUAAAGAUGGUGUCUAGAAUGACCGGUUUUCACAACGUAUAUGGAAGAAUUCCUAUGAUGUAAGCGUUUCUUCCUCACCUUUGCAAUCCGACAUGUUCUAAUAGCAAAGAAAACAAUAGCUGACAAAUUAGCAGGCAGUAUUAGAAGUCUGUCAUCAGCUAUGGUUUAUGUCGAUUCAAUUUCACCGUUUUGGCUAUCGAGUUUAAGUUCUUCUUAAUUUAGAAUAGCUUCUUGUUAAAAAAAAUCAUAUUCUUCAAUAAAAAUUUAUACUUCAAAUGAAACUUAACAUACAAUAAUAUCAAAUAUAAUAUCUCCUAUGUUUUCUAAGUACUUUUACUAGUUAAUAAUAAUAAAUUACAAAAUUGAAAAAUUAAUCGUAUUUAUUAGAGUAUUAUAGAUAUAAAAUUAUUGAAAAUUGGCAAAUAUAGAAAAUAAUACAUUAAUUAUCAAAAUUAAUAUGUUUUUUUAAUAUAUAAAAAAUAUAAAAAUAUAUCUUUUAGGAAGUUUUUUCUAACCAACUUUUUUUUUAAUGGUCGUACAAUGUAAUAAUCUAUAUAUAAUAGCAAACUGAAUUUUAGGAUCUGCUCACAUUAUAAAAAAAAGGAAGAUUUUCUAAUAAAACAAAUUAAACAAAUUAAGACAAUAUAUAUACUUUAGGGGAAAAGAUGUAAAGCCCAAGUAGAGUUAAACCGCCGCUCUCUUGUCGGAGAUUCCAGAGUGAAUUGGGAAUAAUAGCUCUCUCCAACUAUCUUGGAACCCUAAUUUAACAACCUCUCCCUCCCAAAGAAACAUUUCUCUCGCUUCCCACACAAUGGCGACAGAAGCCGCCGCCACAACCGCAUCUAAAUUCCCAAAACCCGACCUCCUUCCCAUCCCACAACCACCCGACUUUCAUCCAACCGUUCUCAUCCCCUCUCAAAACGACAAGCUCCGGUUCUGGCACCUCAUGGUCGCCGGUUCGAUAGCCGGCUCCGUCGAACACAUGGCCAUGUUCCCAGUCGACACCAUCAAGACCCACAUGCAAACCAUCCGCUCGUGCCCCAUCAAACCCGUCGGCAUCACCCAAGCUUUCCGUUCGAUCAUCAAAACAGAGGGCCCGUCUGCUCUCUACCGAGGCAUAUGGGCCAUGGGGCUCGGCGCGGGCCCGGCCCACGCCGUCUACUUCUCAUUCUACGAAGUCUCCAAGAAGUAUCUGUCCGGCGGGAACCCUAACAACUCUUUAGCUCACGCGGUUUCCGGCGUGUUCGCCACCGUGGCGAGCGACGCCGUGUUUACUCCGAUGGAUAUGGUUAAGCAGAGGCUGCAGAUAGGGAAGGGGAUGUAUGGAGGGGUUUGGGAUUGUGUGAAGAGGGUGAUGAGGGAGGAAGGGUUUGGUGCUUUUUAUGCUUCUUAUAGGACGACUGUGCUUAUGAAUGCUCCGUUUACUGCUGUUCAUUUCGCCACGUAUGAGGCGGUUAAGAGGGGUUUGAGGGAGAUUUCGCCCGAGUUUGUUGGUCGCGGAGAGGAGGAGGAAGGUUUGUUGGUUUAUGCUACUGCUGGAGCUGCAGGUGGUGGCUUGGCUGCUGUUUUGACCACGCCGCUUGAUGUUGUCAAGACGCAGUUGCAAUGUCAGGGGGUGUGCGGUUGUGACCGUUUCAAGAGCAGUUCUAUAGGCGAAGUGUUUCGCACGAUAAUAAAGAAAGACGGGUAUAGAGGACUUGCUAGAGGAUGGCUACCAAGAAUGCUCUUCCAUGCUCCAGCUGCUGCCAUCUGCUGGUCCACUUAUGAAACUGUCAAAUCAUUCUUUCAUGAUGUCAAUGGCGCAGCAGCUUGAAGACCAUACACAAACAUGCAUCUGGCUUGUAUCUGCUUUGCCUAAUUCAGGUAUACUGAUUCUUCAUAGCGCUGCUGGUUCUUAGUGUUGACACACUAGCUCGUUAGAGAGAUCUCUGUCUGUAUACUAGUUUGUUUCCAUGCAAUAAUGUUGUCUGUUUGCUUUGUCGUUAGAAAAUUUUGUAUUUUUUUAUGAGAUAUACUAAGGGGAAUAGAUGAGCUAUAAAGAGUUUGAUUCACAAGGAUAAAU